AUGGCUUCAAUCACGCCUUCCGGUAAGACACCGGAGCAGGAGCAGGAGCCGAACCCGGAACCCGGCCGCUUCGCCUACGCAACCCUCAUCACCCGGGCAAGCUACCUCGCCGGCGUCAUAAUCCUGGCGCGCACCCUCCGGCAGCACAACUCCCAAUACCCUCUCAUAGUUCUAUACACCCCGGACUUAGCCCCCCACGCCCUCCGCGCCCUCCAGCUCGAGGCCUCGCGCAGCAAUACCAAUAUCAUCCUCCAGCCCUGCGCCUACCUCCUCCCGCCCGGCGACCUCAAGCCCCAGCUAAUAGCCGAGCGCUUCGAGGACACGUGGACGAAACUGCGCGUGUUCGAGCUGCACGACGUCCCGGGGCUCGGACACAAGCUCAACGCCGUCUGCUACCUCGAUGCCGACAUGGCUAUAUUCCAGAACUUGGACAUCAUCUUCACGCAGCCGGCGGCGGCGGCGGAACUCCCGCCCGGCGGGCUGGCCGCCAACCACUCCUGCGUGUGCAACCGCGACGGCGACCCCUGGGCGCCAUCCGACUGGCGACGCGAGAACUGCGCCUACACUCCCGUCUCCCACCCCGAGGCCCUAAUCACGCCGACACAGCCGCUGCCCGGGGGUCCCGCAACGCACCACCAACUCAACGGGGGCAUGUUCGUGUUCCAUCCCUCGGCCCAGCUGUGGGAGGACAUGAUGGCGUUCUUCUCAUCGUCGGCGCCGCUGCUGGCGACCUUCAAGUUCCCAGACCAGGACUUCCUGGCGCGCUUCUUUAGGGAAAGGUGGCGCGCGCUGGGGUGGCGGUUCAACGCGCUCAAGACGAUGCGGUACUGGCACGAGAACCUCUGGCGCGACGACGAGGUCGUGUGUCUGCAUUACAUCGUCGAUAAGCCGUGGACGAGGCGCGUGGGCGCGGAUGGCGUGGCCGGGUAUAAGGGCAGGGAUGGGGUGACGCAUCGCUGGUGGUGGGAGGCUUAUGAGGUCUGGGAGAGGGAAAGGAGCGCGGACGGUGAGGGUGGCCGGGAGAUUGUGCGGUUGGUGAGGAUGGGGGUUGCGGCACCGCUUGAUGCGCCUGAUGGCUGGGGUGAGGGAGGUUUGGAUCCGGGCCUGGCUGCGAUUGGGGGAGCUGUACAGGCGUUUGCGAACAACAGCGUGACGGAUGAGACAGAUAUACCGGCCAAGGCGAUUAAUCCACAAGCAAGAACAUAA